AACACGCCCAGUGAUGACGUACGAGGAUGUUGCUGUGCAGAAACGUGCAGGCGAGCUGGUGUGAAAUGUGGAUAAUAUUUGUUUCUCUGCUCGUGAUGUGAAACAAGAAAAUUGUCUAUGAUGUCCUUGAUGAACAUGAACGUUUUCCCUCGGAUUGCUUUAAGGCCUGAAGUGCAGGAAUAUCUCCACAGUGUAUACACAAACAAACAACUGCUGACUGAGCUUGGGCAGGAGGAAGCUGAGCGAAUGUUUGAGUUUCUGCUUUCCUGUUUGUCUCACCCACCCUCACUCACCUGUCUGAGAGCCAGCACACACAUGUACAGCCUACAGGACAUUCAGUACAGACUGGAGCAACACCUCAUACAGCAACAAUUGAGCAGUUGUUAUGGCGACAGUGUUACUGCUCCCAUCCUCCAUCACCCACUGCUUCCAGAUGUGCUGCUGCUUCCAGUCAGCGGUCCUAGGGACGUGAGUGUGUUAAAUUCUGAAGUGGUCGUUGAUGCUCAGUGUGGCAGUGCUGUAUUGAGAGGUGCUCAUGUCUUUGCUCCUGGUGUCCUCAGUGCAUCUAAGUGUAUGAAGGCAGGUGAUGCAGUCUCAGUGUUCUCUGAUGUGGAGGGAAAGUGCACACGUGGAGCUAAAGAAUUCCAGGGGAAGAAGGUGUUUCUGGGUAAUGGAGUCUGCGCUAUGGACCGCGCUGAGAUAUUUUGUGCAGAGGGGCCGAUAAGGGGUUUGGCCAUCAGAAUGGUGGAAGCUCUCUACCAGAGUCCUUCUUUUGAUGGUGUACUCCCAAGUGAACUGUUUUUGCAGAACUUGCCAUCAGUAGUGGUGGGGCAUGUUUUGGGUCCUCGUCCAGGUGAGAGAAUUUUGGACAUGUGUGCAGCUCCUGGAGGGAAAACCACACACAUAGCAGCUCUCAUGGGGAAUCAGGGAGUGGUAGUGGCUCUGGAGAAGAUCAAAUCCAAAGUGGAGAAGAUCAGUCAGAAUGCCCAGACUCUGCAGUUGGACUGUAUUAAAGCAUACUGUUACAACAGCAUACAUGCCGUGAGCUCUGAUCUUACUCAGGAGUCUGAUACAGAUGGUCCUCCUUUCCAAGAAGAGAGUUUUGACCGGAUACUAUUAGACGCUCCCUGCAGUGGUUUGGGACAGAGACCCAACAUGGCCAUUAACUGGAGUCUCAAAGAAGUGUGUUCAUAUCCCCCUCUACAGAGAAAACUCUUCACUACGGCAGUGAGACUCUUGAAGAAGGGAGGUGUGUUAGUGUAUAGUACAUGUACUGUAACACUGGCUGAGAAUGAGGAACAGGUGGCCUGGGCACUGAAAACAUUUCCAUGUUUAACUCUCGAACCACAGGAGCCUCAUCUAGGUUCUGAGGGCAUGAUCGGAGCUGCACUGUCACGCGACCAACGGCACCUGCUGCAAAGGUUCCGCCCAGAAUUAGCAUGGGGUGACGUCAGCAGUGGUGACCCUUCGGAAAACCUCCUGCUAAAAGCCAGCACGGACACUAUAGGAUUCUUCAUAGCGAAGUUCAUCAAGAGAUAACAUACGUUGAAAAUGCACAUGCACUGCCGUCCUCAAACGCACCACCGUUUGCAGCCACAUGUGGACAAGCUAGGAAGACAGGGGGAGGACCUGCAGAGAGAAGCAAGUAGAGAAAUGAGUGGGAGGGGUGGAGGGUGAAGUAGGGAGGGUGAAUGUAUGGCAUGAAUGGCAGAAAAAGCAGCAGGAGAAAUGGAGGGUGGUGCCAUGUGCAUUUCUGCUUCUGUUACCAUGACAACAGUGACGACACAGCUGCUAUGGUGAUGGUGGGUUUUGCGGGCCCACUGGACUGUGAGGAAGCAGCGUGCAGGCAGAGGGGACAAGAAGGUGUCAACGCAAGCAGACAUACAGCUAAUUAGUGAUCAUUUACUGUAUUUCGGGUUAUUAGUAUGUUAAGAAUCUGUAUUGUAGAUCUGCAUUCUGUAUGAAUUGAAUGCUAGUUUAAGUCAGUUAAGUCAUUUUUUUUGUUUUGUUUUCUGUAAUAGAUCAGCUUUUUUAUCGGCAUUAAACAAAAAUGUAUCAU